GCGCCGAGAGCAAUAAUCAGGAACUCCGCACGCAGGUAGAAGAACUCAGUAAAAUACUCCAUUGUGGGAGAUAUGAAGAUAGGAAGAAGUCUGAUGUAGAAGUACAGACAGAGAACCAUGCUCCUUGGUCAAUUUCAGAUUAUUAUUAUCAGACAUAUUAUGAUGAUAGUCUUCCCAGUAAAGAGACGGAUCUGACUGCACAGCAGAGUCAGUAUGCUCAAGCUUCUACUAAAGACGAGUCACAAAUAGACAGUGGUAGUCAUGCUGGUAUCGAUGGAGCAGAAUGUGUUAAACAUGGACAGGAGGAUCCUUUCACCUCUGAUUCACAGGAGAGUGCGUCCGCAUUAGCAGCAGAGGGCACGGCCUUGGAAGGGUCCUCAAUAGCCGACAGCUUGAGAGCUGCAGCAGAAGCUGCUGUGUCCCAGACUGGCUUUACCUACGACGAGAACACGGGAUUGUAUUUUGACCACAGCACUGGUUUCUAUUACGAUUCUGAAAACCAACUAUACUAUGAUCCUUCCACUGGGAUUUAUUACUACUGUGAUGUGGAAAGUGGUCGAUACCAAUUUCAUUCUCGAGUAGAUUUACAGCCUUACCAGACCUCUAGCAUAAAACCAAGCAAAGAUAAAAAGCUGAAGAAGAGAAGAAAAGAACCAGGUUUUUGUACAGCAAACGACGAAAAGGAUUUGAGUUCAGAAGAUCAGAACAUCUGCAGCAUUGAAUAUAUAAACUGCAGUGAAGAAGAAAAUUCUGCAAAUAUGAAAAAGAAGGCCAGAAUAGACACUGCCUACAGAAGUAGUCCCUUAACGCUCACUGUUCCAGUUAGUGGGGGCACUGCAGCAUCUCCUGGUGAUGAUAACUCAGCUUCAUCGAAGGAUGAGAAAAUUAGAGAGAGUGAGAGUGAGCCAGAGGAAGGUGAAAUUACAGACUCUCAGAGCGAAAAUAGUUAUGAUGAAGACAGUACCAGUGAGAACAAGGGAUCCUCGGAAGAAUCGGAGGAUGAAGUAGAGGAAGAAAAGAUUUGGCCCCCCUGUAUUCGGGUGAUUGUUGUUAGAUCUCCAGUGUUGCAGACGGGCUCGCUUUUCAUCAUCACAGCUGUAAACCCAGCCACAAUUGGAAGAGAAAAGGAUAUGGAACAUACUCUCCGAAUCCCUGAAGUUGGUGUCAGCAAGUUUCAUGCAGAAAUUUAUUUUGACCAUGACUUGCAAAGCUACGUCCUUGUGGAUCAGGGCAGCCAGAAUGGUACCGUUGUCAAUGGGAAGCAGAUUCUUCAGCCCAAAACUAAGAGUGACCCUUACGUCCUUGAACACGGCGAUGAAGUGAAAAUUGGGGAGACUGUGUUGUCUUUUCACAUUCACCCUGGCAGUGAGACCUGUGAUGGCUGUGAACCAGGGCAGGUCAGAGCUCAUCUUCGCCUUGAUAAGAAAGGUGAACCUUUUGUUGGCCCAGCAUUAAGUAAGGAGGAAAAAGAGUUGGAAAGAAGAAAAGCACUAAAGAAAAUACGAGUAAAGUAUGGUUUGCAGAAUACAGACUAUGAAGAUGAAAAAGCGUUGAAGAAUCCAAAAUAUAAAGACAGAGCUGGAAAACGCAGGGAGCAGGUUGGAAGCGAAGGGACUUUCCAAAGAGAUGAUGCCCCUGCAUCUGUUCACUCUGAAAUUACAGAUAGCAACAAAGGCCGGAAGAUGUUGGAGAAGAUGGGUUGGAGAAAAGGAGAGGGCCUGGGAAAGGAUGGUGGAGGAAUGAAAACUCCGAUCCAGCUUCAGCUUCGACGGACACAUGCGGGCUUGGGGACAGGGAAACCAUCCUCAGUUGAUGAUCUUCACUUUCUGCAAAAUAAGAGCAAAACAAAUUGGGACAAAGCACGAGAGAGGUUUGCAGAAAACUUCACAGAAACUAAGCCUCUGAAAGAUUCGCCAGGGGCCAUGCCAUGGGUGAAGGGAACUGCAGAGUGAAGGUCUGUCAUGGGGAAGAUUGGGGCUUUGAAAUGAGAAAAAAAAGUUUGAAAACUCUUAUUGUAGAAACUUGGGUCCCUAAAAAGUCAGUACCAGAAGGGAACUCUUGAGAUGGCCCUCGUGGUCCACACAUGUGUGAGGGCAUGUGCUGAACAGCUCUUAGAGAGCGGUUUUAACUGAGGAAUAGGAACUGGAUGGACUCAUGCAGGAAGUGGACUAAAGUUCACAGAGCACAGGCAGAGCUUGUCAGACUUUUAUCCUGUCAUUUACCACACCUGUAAGGGGCAACUAGCCAUGGAAGCAAAAUUCAGAUAACCACUAAUGACUUGAGUGUACAUAUGUCCUGUUUCCACGUAUUCACUGUAAGAAGAUACACAGACAAGACAUGUCAAAACUUAUAAAGUAAUUCUAUGUGUAUACAUUUUAGAACAUAGUUUUUUUUUUUGUUUUUUUGUUUUUUUUUUUUUUUUAAGUUGAGAAACGGUGAGUAGUGGAGCAUAAUUUUAUUAUCCUUGAAAUAACUGCAGUAAAUUGAGGAACUGAUGACCAGGUGACAUGUUAUAGAAAAUUAGUCUCAAACUGUUUUCUUCUGUGAAGAAUGUUGAUUUGUACUAUAUAUUCAGCAUUUGCCUUUGGUGUUUUCCUAGCUGAUGAAAUAUUUGAUAUAGAUAACUGGGUACAUAUUGGCAUAUUCAGUGUGCUAGCAUUUUUAGUUUUGAUAAACACCAUUGCAGGCAAUGGGAUUGUGCCAGAGAAAUGUGACAGCUAGUGUGGAUUACGGAGCCAAGGCUUCAAACACAAGCAUUUCCUGGAAAUGUCUUCAAAUGCAAUAAAAACAUUUUAAAAGACUUAAUUUCUUGAAUAAAUGAUUUAAACAUA